AUGAGGCCCCACUUCUUGCAGCCACGCCACGGAACAACAAUCCUUUGCGUCCGAAAGGGCGAUACAGUCUGUCUUGCAGGAGACGGGCAGGUCUCUCAAGGAAACCUCGUGGUUAAGCCGAACGCAAAGAAGAUCAGGAGGCUCCCUCAAGGCGUCAUUCUGGGGUUUGCGGGAGCCACUGCUGAUUGCUUCGCUCUGCUCGAGAAACUCGAACAAAUGCUGGAGCAGCACCCUGGUCAGCUUGUGCGAUCAUGCGUAGACUUGGCGAAACAAUGGCGGACAGACCGCUACCUUAGGCACUUGGAGGUGAGCGACGCGCAACGAGCACCUGUGUGGUCCGACAGGUAUCGUUGCGUUGCUCUCUUCCCACCCCCGUUGCUCGACCCUCUCCCCCUGGGCACCUCAUUUUGCUGCACUUCUGGCAUCAGCCCUCUCAUGCAGGCCGUCCUCAUUGUUGCCGACGAGCAGCUCUCUCUGGAGGUAUCCGGCGUGGGUGACGUUCUAGAGUCGCACGAUGGAAUUCUGGCUGUGGGCAGUGGGGGCCCCUAUGCGGCAGCUGCAGCCAGAGCGCUCUAUGACAUACCGGACCUGACCGCUCAACAGAUCUGCGAGAAGGCCAUGAAAAUAGCUGCGGAUAUGUGUUGUCACACAAACCACCAAGUCAUUUAUGAGACGCUGCCAAAUAUUUCCACUAAAACGGUUCACCAAGGAGGACCCAGUAGCUCUGGCCUACAGCCUGGCUGUGAAUCAAACUCUUUAGGUUCCUAA